CUUACAACGAGCGCUGGCAAAGCCACUGAGCCCAGGAGUGUCACCUUCGCCGGGCCCUGCUCAGCGGUGCUUCCGAGGAGGAGGUGGUAUGAGGGAUGCUGUGCCAUAGGCGCACGCAGGUGGUCCUGGCCCUGUGCCUGCUGCUGGUCCUGUGGCAAUGUUUCCGAGCCCCCAUGGAUGGCCUCCACCCCUUCCCUUGGGCUCCCUCCCUCCUCGACGCCCCUGCUGCCUGCUGCACCACCUGGGCCAACAGCUCCACAUGGUUCAACACCCGCUACAAUAUGGCCAUGGGACCUCUGCUGACUGGUGCAGCCCACGAGCUUUCCUCUGAUGUGAUUCAGUGGUGGCUGACCCUGCAAGGUCCCCCAAGUGGCAUCCAGCUCCAGGCCAUAUUUCAGCAGCUCUUCACUGUCCUCCCGUCCCCGACCAUGUGGGACCCAUCUUGCUGCAGGAGUUGUGCAGUGGUGGGUAACUCGGGGCGGCUGAAGGGAUCUGGCCACGGGUUGCAGAUUGAUGCCCAUGACUGGGUGCUGAGGAUGAACAGAGCGAAGAUCACUGGCUUUGAGCUGGAUGUUGGCAUGAGAACAACCCAUCACUUCAUGUAUCCAGAGAGUGCAGUGAACCUCGGGCCUGGCAUCCACCUCGUCCUUGUCCCCUUCAAACCACUGGACCUGCAGUGGGUGGCCAGUGCCUUCUCCACUGGAGAGCUCACGCACACAUACGUGCGAGUCAAACAGUUCAUCAAAGCUGACAGAAACAAGGUGCUGAUCCUGAGCCCAGCUUUCCUCAAGUACAUCCACGACAACUGGACACAGCACCGUGGGCGGUACCCCUCCACUGGCUUCACAGCCCUGCUCUUUGCCUUGCAUGCCUGCCAGCAGGUGUCUGUGUUUGGCUUUGGAGCAGACAGUGAAGGAAACUGGCACCACUACUGGGAGAAAAACCGCUGGUCUGGAGCCUUUCGCAGGACGAGGGUCCAUGAUGCUGACAUUGAAUUCAGCCUCAUUGAGAGACUGGCAGCUGAAGGCAGGAUUUUAUUGUACAAAUGAUGCAUUUCCAAGAAACUGAAGCCAGGCCAUUGUUGCAGGACCUGGCAGGCCCCUGCACUGCCAGCAGCUGCCUCAGCUCCUUUAGCUUGCUUCUACCCUGCAGUGCUGCCACGUGCCCAGGCUCACAGGCCCUGGGAUCCCCAGGGUCUCAGUGAUGCUUGUGCUAGUCACACGAGCUGGGCACUCUGGGUGCCGGGAGGUGACGCUUUCCCAUGGCACCAGGGACAUUGCAUUUGGCUGGACACAUGGUGGGCAUGGCUCUGGGAGAGAGGAAGGGGAGAUGGUGGGCCUGGAAGUGGGCCUGGAGCCCAUAAGCUGCUGUGAGUGUCCCUGCAGUGGCCAUGAAGCUGUUGGGUGACAGCAGUGGUGGUGAUGGCAGCUGCUCAAACAUGGCUGUUCACAUGACAGAACUGAUACUUCCACCCACUGAUGGCUUUUGAGAGAGAUUUGUAGUUCUUUGGGCAGGGGGAGAGGGGCAUCUUCCUUCCUUUUUGUAACUAAGGAAAUAUUUUUAAAAUUGUAUCAAAGAAGAGUAAGGAUGGAAAAAAAAAAUCAAGUGUGCUGUCAGAAGAUGACAGAAUCAAGUCACACACGACUAUCAUUAACAUUGGCUUUACUUUUUGAGUCCUUACUGCUGUGAAAAGACAGCACAGUCUAUCUCAGGCUCACCCUGCAGAACAAGAUCACAGACCCUGGAAACUGAGCUUCCCAAAGGUUUUCGACUCCAGAGCAAGUUUAACAGGAU